GUUACCCUGAGUGUUUUCACAGGGAAUAGUUACCCCCUUCUCAUCCAGGAGAGAUGAUUGCACUGAUUUUCUUCUCUGCCCUGCUGUGGGACAAGGCUCGGGCAUGGGGAUUCAAGGACGGAGUGCUGCAUAACUCCAUCUGGUUGGAACGAGCAGCUGGAGUGUACCACAGGGAGUCACGGUCUGGGAAGUACCAGCUCACCUAUGCAGAAGCCAAAGCUGUCUGUGAAUAUGAGGGGGGACAUCUGGCCACCUAUCAGCAGCUGGAGGCAGCCAGGAAAAUAGGUUUCCACGUGUGUGCUGCUGGCUGGAUGGCAAAGGGCAGGGUUGGUUACCCCAUCGUGAAAGCUGGAGCCAACUGUGGCUUUGGGAAAACCGGCAUCGUCGAUUACGGGAUCCGCCUCAACAGGAGCGAGAGAUGGGAUGCCUACUGCUACAACCCCCAUGGAAAAGAAUGCGGCGGAGUCUUCACAGAUUCCAAACAUGUUUUUAAGUCCCCAGGCUACCCAAAUGAGUAUGAAAAUGAGCAGAUUUGCUACUGGCAUAUUAGGGUGAAGUAUGGGCAACACAUCCAUCUGCAGUUCCUAGAGUUUGAUGUUGAAGAUGACACUGCCUGUAUGGCUGAUUUCUUGGAAAUUUAUGACAGCUACGAUGACAUCAAUGGCUUUGUGGGCAGGUUUUGUGGAGAUGAAUUGCCAGAUGAUAUCAUUAGCACAGGCAAUGUUAUGACCCUGAAGUUUCUGACAGAUGCCUCAGUGACUGCUGGGGGGUUUCAGAUUAAGUACACUACAGUGGACACACCUUCAAAGCCAAGUGAGGGAAAGAAUGCAACAUCCCAAGGGAAAGCAAACUUCUUACCUGGAAAGUUUGGAAUUAUGUGAGCAGAGCAAUGAGAUCCCCUCAAGAAGAAAUAUUGUUUUAGAACCCAAUUCAGAUAUCUGUUUCUUCAGAGAAGACAUUUUCUCCAUAUCUUCCUGACUUUUAUU